UUUUGAGUCAUCAUGCUGCAGCAAAUUUUGCGUGAUAUGUAUAUUGACCCUGAGCUCCUGGCAGAGUUGAAUGAAGAGCAAAAGCAGAUCUUGUUCUACAAAAUGAGAGAAGAGCAGCUGAGGCGAUGGAAGGAAAGGGAAGAAAAAGCACGAAUGGAGGAGGCCAUCUUGAGAACGACAGCGAGGCGCAACCAGAGUAACGGCAAACAUGUACAGUGGCUCCAUGGGAAGGACGGUGAGGUCUGGGUCUGGGUUAUGGGAGAAGCCCCAGGUGACAAGCCAUAUGAACAGAUAUCAGAGGAGCUAAUAGCAGAGCGAGCCAGGCAACAAGCACAGAAGGAGGCAGAAGAAAUAUGGAGACAAAAGGAGGCUGAAAUUACAAAGAAAUUCCGGGAUGCUAUGGCUCAAGAAAAAGCCAGAAUAGUGGCAGAAAAAUGGAAAAUAGAAAUAGAAGAUCGGAAAGCUGCCAAAUUGGAGGAGGAAAAAAUUCAGGAGGAACUGAAGAAAAGAGAAGAAGAGGAAAGACAAAAAGGUGAAGAACAAAUAAAACAACAGGAAGAAAUCCGAGCAAAAGAGUUGUAUUUGAGCCUCAUGCAAGCUCAGCAGCAUAGUCAACACAGCGAUGAUGACCAGGAGUGGGAAGAACAGUUGCGUCGCUCCAAAGCUGCAGAUGAGGAAAGGAGCCACAAAGCACGCAGGGCUCGGGAUGAAUACCGACGACAAUCCUUGCGUGCCAUUCAGAAGGGAAGAGUGGCUGGCUUGAGUAAUUUGUUCCAGGGGACAAGCCUGAAUAACGAUCAGGAGAUAAAACUGAACAAUAGUGCAAGUUGUUUGCAGCCUCUGUCUGCGCCAUCCAGUAACAUCUGGGAGCGUCCUUCUAGACCCUUUUCCCAAGAUGUCAUCAUUCGCUGGUUCAAAGAAGAGCAGAUCCCUCGACGUGCAGGGUUUGAGAGGAACACCAACAGGAUUGCUCAAUGGUUUCAUGGUAUUAUCAGCCGCCAGGAGGCAGAAGAGUUGUUGAUGAAUAAAUCUGAAGGAACAUUCCUGGUGCGAGUCAGUGAGAAAAUCUGGGGCUAUGCAUUGUCUUAUCGCCAGCAAAGUGGGUUCAAACACUUCCUCGUUGAUGCUUCGGGGGAUUUCUACAGCUUCCUGGGGGUAGAUCCAAACCGACAUGCAACACUGACAGAUCUUAUUGAUUUUCACAAGGAAGAAAUCAUCACAUCCUCAGGUGGGGAGCUACUACUGGAGCCAUGUGGACAGCAGAAGAAUCCACCAGACUACAUCCCUUUAUUUGAAUAACUAAUUCAGGACUAACAGGAAUGAAUUCUGGAUAGCUGUAGUAAUAGAUAACUACAAAAAAUAACUGCUGAAAAUUAGUCAAUGAACUUCCAAUGCCACUGGUCUUGUGGCCAAAAUGCAUCCUCAUUAGAAGGCUCAAAAUAUUUCUGUUUUGUGUCUGAACUAUCAUUGUUAUUCAUAUUGCUGACAUUCUAAAUGUGAGAAGUUACUGGCAGAUUACAAAUGAGGACUAUUCCCAGAAAUUUUUCAGGGGGUCAUGGCCAAUUGCUAAAUGCUAAGUUCCUAUCUUAAUUUUCUUUAUGUCUGAGACUGAAAAAGCAAAAUGCAGCAAGAAGUAUGACUGGGAACUACUUAUAGAGUAUUGAAUGAAGUACCAA